CCUGAACGUCCGUCGUCGUCGUCGUCGUUAUCCAAUGUCGCCCACUUGGCGAGAGGGACUGCGCGUCCCGGGACGGCCCCAGGCCCUAGGGGGGGGACACUGACACUGCCUCACUCACACUCUCUCACUCUGGGUCUUUUCCCUCUCUGUAUCUCUCUCAUUUUCUUCUCCUCUCUUCUGAUUCUGUUCAGUUGUUCAUUACUCUCAAUUUCUCUGGAAAGUGUGAAUACCUUUCACUCGUUUACUUUUGUGUGUGUGUUUCUUUUCGUGUUGUUGAACACCUGUUACAGCAUAUAUCGCCCUGAGUGAAGCCAAGCGACACAUACAGAGAGGGGUGAGACAUCGGUGUAAGACGACUGGACUAAACAAGCCGGAACACGCAACCACACCAACGACCAGACCACCACCACCACCAUCAUCAUACGCCCCGACAGCUUGACAUACCUACCGCCCCCGGAUCCAGGCAGCAGUUUUAUCUCAACCCGUCUACCUGGCUUUCCGUCUACUGCCUUCCUCUCAUCGCACCUCGCCUCCUCAACUUCGAUCCCGUCGCGGCCAAAGGACUCGGAGCCGGAUCUGGUUCCAGGCAGUAAGGGCCCUUCAACACGAGUGAGCCCUCGUGGAUUCGUAACUCUUCCGAGUCCCGCUUCUUUACCUGAAGAAGACAAAGGAGUCGACAAGAUCAUCCGACAAGAGUGAACAGGACCUCAAUUCGGUUGAAUUUUUUGAAGAGGAAAGCCACAAGUCAUAUCAGCCCGCCCAUCAUGCGCGGCCUGGCGCAGGCCCUCCUGCUCGCCCCGGCCCUGGUGGGAGCUGCUCCUUCCAGGAUUGGCAUGGAAAAGGCAGACCAACACGACUCGCCCUCGACCUUCAUCACGUUUGACAUCCCUCCAGGCUUCAACGAGGACCAGCCCAAGCCAUACACCCUCCACCUCCAGGUCCUCGAGGCCCCCUCCCCCUGUGCCUACCCGAACAUCAAGGUCAACGACAACACGCUCUCCCAGGGCGGUCACACACUCGGCCGCGGAACCUUCGCCGGCGACCACGACGGCACCACCUUCAUCGCCUCCUGGUCCUCAACCUGCGCCGGCGACGAGCAGCUCCUCCGCUUCACGCUCGAGUCCCUCGCCGGCCGCUCCCUAGCCUCCGACCUCGCCUUCGUCGCCCGCUUCCGCCAGACCGCUCCGGCCGCCAUCAUCGAGGUCGUCGGCGACAUCCGCCUCUCGGACCACCGGCCUCUGCCCCCGUCCAAGGCCCUCCCCGAGUUCGACCACCACGACCCAAGGCCCGGCGACGAUGAGGAUGGCCUGCUCGAGAACCCGCCCUUCCCGCCCCCACCUCACCACCACGUCGGCGACCACCCGGACAACCACCCCGGCGACCACCGUGAUGGCGAACACCGCCACCGCCCGUCCGGCCGCCCCGCCUCCUCCCCCGAGGACGACGAGCACGUCCUCGCAGAGCUGCGCGAGCUCGACUGCCUCCGCCACCAGCUGCACGCCCUGAAACACGCCAUCCACGAGAAGGAGUCCCGCCUGGCCCGUGACCACGGCGUCGUCCCGCACCGCGGCGGCCGUCACCGCGCCUUCAAGGAGUGCGACUCGUUGAAGUGCGUCAUCGACACCCUCAUGCACCGCGUCGGCGGCGGCUUCCGUCGCAAGGGCGAGGGCCGUCACGGCGGCCCGGGGCGUGACCACCAUCACGGUCCUCCGGCCUCGUGCCCCGGCUUCCCGUUCCCCGAGCACGGAAACCACACAAACGGGAACCACACCCUCCCGUCGCCCCCACCGCCCCCGGGUUUCUGUCACUGCGCGCCUCCUCCCCCUGAAGGCCCCCCCGAAGGCCCCCCCGAAGGCCCCCCUGAGCCGCCCAAGGGUCCUCAUCACGGCCACCACGAGGGCCCUCCUCCCCCGCCGUUCGAUGAGCCUCAUCGCGGACCUCCCGGACACCAUGGCCCGCCUCCGCCUCCUCCUCCUCCCUUUGAUGAGCCUCCUCAUGGACCCUCUCACCAUGGUGGCCCUCCCGGUCCUCCCGGCGGCCCUCCCCCAGGACCCCCUCCGGACUUUGAGCAUGAGCACCCUCUCGGCGCCGAAGGCUCGCAGCACCGCCGCCCGCACCCCCACGGCGCCCAUCCUCACCACGGCCCCCAUGGCCCUCCCCCCCACGGCCCUCCCCAUGGCCCCCACGUGCCCCUUGCCAUGAAGAUCGCAGUCGCGUCCUUCCUUCUCGUCGGCAUCCUCGCCCUCCUGCACGCCGCCGUCUCCCGCCGCUCCUCGUCGCGUCGCGAGGCAGCCCGCCGCGAGCGCAAGCACUCCCGCCGCGCUCGUCACCGCCGAGACCACCGCGAGGCACGCAACGAGGCCUUCAAGGCAUCGCUGGCCAACCUCUGGUCGCGCAUGUUCGCUGAUCGUCUAGGCCCCGGCGCCGGCUUCGACGACGAGGAGAAGCGCGCCUUCCUGUCCGGCGGCGCCCACGCCCGUCCGUCCUCCUCCUCCCCGGACGAGGGCGACUUCGAGACCGUCGACAGCAUGACGUCCGAGAUCACCGAGUUCCGCAACGCCGCGACGCUCGUGACGGAGAUGGUCGCCGCCGAGGAGCGGAGGCAGAGGAUGCGCGAGCAGCAGGAUCAGGAGCGGCAGCGACAGCAGCAGCAGCAGCGGCAACGUCUGCAUAUGCCCAUGGGAGGCCCCGAGGCUGCGAUGUCUCCCCCUAGCCCGACAGCCGCGUUCGCCGAGUACAUGGGCGACGACGUGCUCCCCUCGUACGACGAGCACGCCCCCGCCGUCAUCGUCUCGGACGGCUUCAGCAGUUACUCACCCGGCUCGACCGAGUACGUCCCCGGCGCGUCGUCGGACACGACGGCCUCUAACAUUGACAGCGUCCUGGGAGACCCCAAGAACUGAGCGCCGGUUGCGAGUGGCAAGAUGGCUGGGUUUUUCUUCCUGUUUCAUUUUGUUUAUUUCUAAAAUUCUUUUUUGUUCUAUUUUGUUCUAUUUUGUGACACUUUCGUAGAGAUAUCCCGCGCAUAUAAGACAUGCUUUCCCACCACCCUCUUACCCCUCUUGUUUAUUUGUGUAUUGUUUGGUUGAGUAUAAGCUCGCCUUUUGCGUCUUGCGGCCCGUGUGUGUCGGUUCGCGGCCAAGCAAAGGAGAAUACUUUAUUCACGAAGGCGUGUUCAGCUGAGAUCCAAUGUUUCUCUUUCUCUCUCUCUCUCUCUCUCUCUUUU